GUCCGUGUAGGCUAUUAUCCGGUACAGCAGCGGACUAAUUGUAGCGCUGAAAUCCGGCGGGCCGAGACCCCCAGAAGAGGAUGCUUAACACAUGGUUGUCAUAAACACAGCCCCCUGCAUAAUGCAUGGCUUCUGGAGUUUGUCCGUUGAUGGCGCGGUUGAUCAAUUAUUAAACGGCGGCAAAGGGGGGGAGCUGCGGGAUCAAAGGAAAUAUUCAGGCCAGUCAUGGGAGCGGGGAGACGGAGGGAGCGACCGGAUGUGAGAGUCGCCCAGGCCUGGAGUCCGCUGCAGGUCUGACAGAUGUCGGACAGAUGUCUGAGGACAAACAGGCCAGCGACCUCAGCGUCAGCCCCCUCACACUCACCCACUCGCUCCCUCACUCUCAGAUUGCACACGCAGAUACGCAAACACGCACACAAUCACACAUGAGCCCAUUUGAAUUGCAAGUGAGCUCUGUUCACCAGCAGGGAAGGUAAACAGAGGGAACAAGUGAAAAGAACAGGAGGUGGGAGAAGAGUGACAGAGGCAACGGCAGGAGAGGGGCAUAGAGGAUUCGGUGUCCGGAUGACAUUCGCACAAGCCCCCACGUGUGAAGGACCCAGACACAGGGAGGAAGAGUGAGGAGCGAGCCUCUGGGACCUGGCGCUGCACCGGGGCACGCAGGAGCUGGGACAGCCCCGAAGGGACACCUUAGCCCUCCUGAAGUGGGGAAUGAGCAGCCGCCCAUGGGAAAAGGAGUGAGUGGAACACCCAACAACCUGCUGUCGCUCCUCCUCUCUCCGCGGCCGGAUCUCAUCCUCCUCUCCUCCUCCUCCUCCUCCUCCAUCCAUCGCUCCCUCUCUCAUUUGAUCCCAUCUCUCACUCCCUGCGCCCGAGAGGGAGAGCGUGCACGGAGAGAAGAGCCCGGGAGUCAUCGUCCGAGACGUGACUGAGCACGGCCGACGCCAGAGCGAUGGCGCCCACGUCCCUCUGCUGGUGCCUCGGCGCGGCCUUGGCGCUGUUUGGGCCGUGUUCGGCCCUGGCGCCCGAGAACGAGGUGCCGCUCCGGCCCACGGCGUGGUUACAGGACGGGAAGAUCACCUCCAUAACGCUGCCCAAAGGACGAACCCGCAGACUAUACUUCACGCUGAAGAAGAAGGCGCCGGCGCUGUCCGUGACCGUCAGCCCCUGUGACCUGCCCAUCGAAUGGAGCCUGGCCGCCCGCACCCUGAAGGACAGACCCCUCAAAAGUCUGCAGUGGAGCUCCAAGAAGAGUGCGCCUGAGAUGUGGUGGCGAGGUCCCGGCGCCGAGGACAAAAUGCACAGCUUCGCCGGCGAUACCGUGGACACCUACCGGGGUCCUUCCCGCCCCCACGCAUCCAUCUACAUCCUGAGGCUGCGCUGCAAACAGGGGGCCACCAGAGCCACGGCGCACCUCCACGAAGGCCCGGGGCCCUCGGGCGCCUUCCCGCUGCUGCCCGCUGAUGCCCAGGUCCACACGCUGGGCGUGGGCAUGAGCAGCGUCACCCUCAGCUGGGCGCCCAGCGCCUCCAUGACCCGCCUGCCGCCAACGCAAAAGGCUUACGACUACUGUGUUCUGGUCAACUCCCAGCGAAAUUACCCCAGCCUUUGUGGGGCCCAAGAGGGCAGGAGGCGAGAGACAGACCAGGCUGAAGAUGAGAAGGAAGGGAGGAGGAGGGUGACGGUGUGGCCAAUCUUGAAGGAGUGGUGGUGGCAGCAGUGGGACGCUUAUCCCGAACCCCAGACUGCACCUUCCUCCCCCACCGAUGACUACGCCGACCUCCAGUGUGCGUGUCAGGGCACAGAGAGCGUGUGCACCGUCUCCGAGCUCCUGCCCGACACCCAGUAUUACUUUGACGUCUUCGUGAUGGACCGGGUGAACGGGACCAGCGCGGCGUACAGGGGGGCGGUGGCCCGGACGCACGAGGAGGCCCGGCCGGCCAUCACCGCGCUCAGGGAGGGGGAGCUGCGGUGGGUGACCUUCCCCGACACGGGCGCCACCUCGGAGCAGUUCUUCAGCUUCCGCCCUCGAGGCUGGCAGCAGAGUGGCCUCCUCACCCUGCAGAGCUGCAGCGGAGGCGAAAAGGUCAAGGUCACGGUGUCCAGCAGAGGCCGAGUGUUGAGCUCGCAGCCUGUGGGGGGAGAUUUAGUGCACAUUUGGCUCCAGGGAAGCCCUUCUUAUCUCAUUCACUUAGAGAGGGCGCUUAUUAGCUCAAGCCAGCUAGCUGCUGCUAAACACCCACUGAGAACAGGAGGUCUGACGGCGUCAGUCAAAAUGCAGACCUCCUCCGCCUACCACCGCAAAGGGGUCCCAUCUCUGCCCUCCACCUUGCAAAUCAAGUCCUUCAACCGGUUGCGUGGAUGCAACAGCGUCACCCUGGCCUGGAUGGGCACCGAAGAACGAAGCCUGUACUGCGUGUACCGCAGGAAGCUCGGAAAGCACGAGGGAGAGGCCGGGGAGGGGUCGGCUCUCACUGCGCCCUGUCUGGGGCCAGAAUCCCGCUCAGACACCGAGCGCGUUCUCUGCAAGUAUUUCCAAGAGCUGAAUCCUCGGCGGGCCGUCACCACGGCUGUGAUCGGGGGCCUGGAGCCGGGGAUGGCCUAUGUGUUUGAUGUGUAUCUAAUGAGACGCUGGGGGAUCCCGAUCAAAUACGCCAGCAAGAUGCUGAAGACCAGAAAGGAAUGCUGAGCUGCUGACCUCUACAGGCGACUCGCAGACUGAAUCGCAGUUUGGAGGGGAAUGCAUCUGUCAUGGACGUACUGCAAGGACUGACCAUGAGAACGAAGCGGCUUGACUGUUGUGGAGAGACUGUUACCAUAACAAGGAAAAAUUCCCUCUAGAGGAGCAGUGGCAUUCAAGCCCCAUUUGCAAUAUUCUUGCAAGUGGACGGAAGCAUACGAGGAUCCGCACACCAGCAAAAGUUCAUAACAUUUACUACAGAACUCUCAUGCUUUUGUCAUUUCGUUUUUUAUUGUUGAUCAUGAUAAUGAUGUGCCAGUCGUCCAAGUGCUUAUUUUGUGUGCGAGUACAAAGGACAGCUGAGGCUUGUGAUGACAGGGAGUCAAAAAACAAAAACAACAACUGAGACUGUGCCAAAUAUGCGACACAAACAGAUGGGGCAAUAAUUGGACAACAUCUGAUGGGGGGGGGGGGGGGGGGGUUGCACUGUAUAUCUCCAGUGCGGAAUAUUGUACAGGCUUCUAAACACAGAUGGGUGCAAUCUACAGCUGCUUAGUUCAAAGUCAGUGUGUAUCUUUGUGUUCUGCUUUCGCAUGAAGCAGUGAGAAAUACUUAGUGACUUGCUUCAUUGUCUUUGAUGUAUUCUUGUGCUGCUUCAGACACUCAGACGCUAAUAAAUACGAGGGUAUCUGUAGGUUCUCGACUCUUUGCUCCAUGUUUACGGGACUAUCAUUUUGGAUUACGGAUUACCAGAUUGUCAUCAGAGCGUUUCCACCUUUUUUGUAUAAUGUGGCUUUGUGCAGUCCAGUAGCUACUCAUUUGUGCAGGUAAGUACUGCUGCUAAAGUUCCACAAGGAGAAUGUGACUGUUGCUUAGAGUAGCCCUACCAUAGAUUUAGGAAAUAAUCCAUUUACCAAAUAUGGAUUACACAGAAUUAUUAACCCACAUAAAAUAAAACGAAGCCGUUCUUUUUUUAACAACAACUGUUUGGUAUUGUUCAUUGUUUUCAAUAUAAACAAAUAAAAAGUCUCAAAGACAAAAAGAUGAGCCCUCUCUGACUCAAAACAACCUUUCCUGGAUAUUUCCUGACUAUAAUGGCAUGUGUUGUUUCUUAAAAAUAAUUCAGCCCAUUCAGUAAAAUAAAAUAAAAUAAAAUAAAAUAAAAUAAAAUAAAAUAAAAUAAAAUAAAAUAAAAUAAAAUAAAAUAAAAUAAAAUAA